GAUCCGCGCUCAGUCGCUCUGUGCUAGCGUGUUCCGAAGGCCGUCAACGUCGCGCGGAACCAACGGUGUCGCUUCACAGACAGCGGUGCGCGUGGCAGCAACCGAGAGCGUGCAGUCAUGAGCGGCUACGUCGGUGAUCUCUCGGCCUCGCAGCAAGACGCGCUUGACCGGUUCCGGAAAAGAGUGUCCGAUGUCACCAAGCCGGAACACACGGACCACUUCCUGCUCAGGUGGCUGCGAGCGCGGGAGUUCGAUGAAGUCAAGGCGGAGCACAUGUUGCGAGAGAGCAUGUCCUGGAGGAAAAAAGUGGGCGCCGACACCAUCAUCAACGACUACCAGCCUUCAGAGCUCUUCCUCAAGCACUUCCCGGGUGGCUUCCUGGAAUGCUCGCCAGAAGGACAUCCCUGCUACCUGCUGCCUAUCGGAAGCGUAGACAUCAAAGGCUUUCUGGAGUUGGUCCCGGCGGACGACAUCAAACGACACACCCUGUAUUUGCUCGAGAGUAUAAUGGAUCGCCUCAAGCGCAGCUCGACGCAGAAAAACAAAGUGAUCGAGACUGUCUUCUUCAUCGCCGACUUUGAGAACUUCACGCUGCGGCAGAUCUACUCGUGGCAAGUCGUCACCUUGCUGACGGACAUGCUGAAAGCCUACGAGGACAACUACCCCGAGAUUCUCGAAAAAGCUUACGUGAUCAACGCUCCACGCUUCUUCCCACUUCUGUGGAAGUUCAUUCGACCGUUCCUGACACAGCGCACGGUCGAAAAGGUGGCCAUCUAUGGCACAGACGACUGGAAGAAGGGCCUCAUGGAGCGGCUUGAUCCUGACUACAUGCCGCAACACUGGGGCGGGAGCAUGGUGGGACCGGACGGAGAUCCUCGAUGUCCCCACUUGGUAUGCCCCGGCGGUGAAGUUCCAGCCUCGUUCAGGGAGGAAUUGGCCAAGCGGCGGCUAUCCCGCGAGGCGGGCGUGUCUGUGCAACGCAUCGAGCGCCGUUCCCACUGGGAGCUUCCGAUGCGCGUGACCCGGCCCGGCGAGCAACUGUCCUGGAGCUUCCAGACGGCCACGGGGGACCUGUCCUUCGGUAUACGCUACGAGCCUCCGUUGGGGAGCAGCGCGGUCUGCGAGUACCUGAUCGAGCCACAGAGGUUGCCCUCUUGCAGCAUGGUGGCCGAGCGCGGACGCCUCGUCUGCGAUAAACCCGGAACAUACGUCCUGGAGUUCGACAACUCCUACAGCUGGGUCAACAGCAAGACAUUGGCCUAUAUCGUCGAAGUGCUACCUCCACAAGACGAGAACGAACUUGAUUCGUCGUCGCUUUAAGGAACUGUCCAUUUAACUAUCAUAUAGCAAAACCGAGGGUGACCUCUACGAACAAAACGCACAGGGGGCCAUCGCCCGAAGCAUUCUGGGGCCACCACGUCGCCGGGCCACUCUAGCAAUGCAAGGCGAAGCUGUACUACUGAGAACUGAUACAUUUGAACCGCCUUGCCUCGCGACAGACGGGCCUUACUGUUACACACUGGCGACGUAUACCAGAUGACAUUACCGGUCCUGAGUCAGUGCCUGGUACUGCUAGAAACCACAGUUUGUGUGGUGCAUGAGCCUACAUCGAACCUGCACAAGUGGUACUGCAGAAAUGCUACCAGCCAAUGAGAUCGUUUUUUUUUUGUGCUUGGUGCUUAGCGGUACUCAAAACACACUGCGUCAUAGACACACAAGUAAAUAUUCCCAAGUCUCCUGGGUACGCCAGUGGGAAGCUCUCAUGUACAUUUCGUUUCUUGCAGUGUUCAAAUUAUUCGCUAAGAUGGCACUCACUUUAUGGGUUUGUUUCGAAACUUCUGCACCUUUGAUCACUAUCACAGAGUGUCAGUAAAGAUGUUGCACAAACGCGUGAGUGAUUCAGUUAGAGCUGCAAGAAUGCACCUAGUAGAUUGAAUGCUUUGCCCAGAGGCUACACUUCUGUAGUCUGUGACAACAUAAGCACUGGCAAAUACACCCCUGUCGAACUCGAACAAAAUUUGUAUUAAUUAUAAAUUGGGGGGUUUGAUGUCCCGAAACUGCACAGUCGGUUAUGAGGGACACCGUAGUGGAACUCUACAAUUAAUGUUGACCACCUGGGGUUCUUAACAUGCACUUAAACGAAAGUACACUAAUUGUUGCAUGUCGCCCCAUCAAAAUGCGGCCGCCGCGACUGGGAGUCGAACCCGUGACUUCGGGGCCAUCAGCACAAUGCCACAGCCACUGGGGCCACCAAGGCGGGUGCUUUGUAUAAAUUAGCCUGUGAAUGGUUAGUUUAUCUUUAUGACGUCACAUCACGGUGGAUGCAGGGUUCUUUCAAAAGCGGUAUCUCUUGGGAACCAUGUUUUGCAACGAGGAGGCACAUGAGGCAGCUGUAGUGCGGUAUUUCUAGGCGUGACCUGUAAAAAAAUGCUUCAUGUUGUCGUCGAUUGUAGAUGUGGCACUGUUGGAACGAGUACCUACGAUGUUACAAGCUGGCUAAGAAGUAGAGAAUGCUAAGCGAG